CCACUACCACCGUUUCUUGGUCGUUCUCCUCUUACAUAAGAGUUUACAAGCGCUGCAGAUUAACAAGUGUUACAGCUUUCUCUAAACUGUCCUGCAACCGCAACAAGCUUCCUUUGAAUCUGGCUACACCUUCCUCCGAUUCUGACUACAACCUCCUCCGACUCCGACUAUAGCUUCCUCCUUGACUAGAAGGUGAAGGUCCUUUCUACUUAUUGCGAUUCAAGGAUUUCAACUAUUUGUGAAGAUGUCAUGAACCUUCCCAAUAUGAACUUCUAAACUUUUCCCCUCAAGUUCUAUAAAAAGAAAGGAUUUUUAGUUCUUUUAUCAUAUAUGUGUCCGCUUGUGUUUGGAAUCACAACAAGAGAUGCAGAUUUAUCAAUAGAAUCAGGAUAUAUGUCAUAUUCAAAUGAUACACUUCGCAAAUUUGUGGCAACCAUACACAAUGGAAAAGAGCCUUCUUAUACUCAGCUAUUCGAUUGUCAUUUUACACUACAAAUAAUGAUGACUUGAAGAGCUUCUUGUUGUUUCCACCUUUUGGUGCAAUCAAUGAAGCUAGACUUGUUUUCGUUUCAAGAAAUCAAGAGGCCUAAAGGGUUUGGCUUUGUUACAUUUGAAUUAACUGAUGAUGCCCGUAAUGCAAUGAAAGCCAUGAAUGGGAAAGUAUUUGACUGUUUUCUAUCUUUUAAGAAAAGGGGAAAUUUAUUGCUAGAUCUUCCAGUUUUCAACGAGAUUAACAGCAAAUUUGGAAAUCCAAGUGUCGAAGAGGGACUAGAAAAAGUGUAAAAGAUGAAGCUGACAUUAGAGGCCAUAUGAGGACAUACAUUGGAAGCAUGUCAAGUCGCCUCAUUGAUGGAUUAAAUGAUUAAAGGUGAUUUUUUUAUAUAUUUUUUAUGUGUAUAUGACAUUUGAAGUGUCAAAUAAACUAACUUUUAUAGAUUCAUGCCACCAUGUUUACACGACAAAAUCAUUUGCUUGACUUGCUCACAAAGAGGCUUCCAUACAAGCCAUUGCAAGUGAUUCCUCAAGUAUCCAAGGAUCUGUAGAUGAUUAUUCCGUUGUUUAGCCGUAUCUGACAUUUACUUAGAUAUUUAAUUCAAAAAGUUUAAAAAUCUUAAUGAAAAACAGUGGAACUUUUAUGAUUUUCUAUGUGC